GAAUCGCUAACUUUCUGACAUUGAAGGGGUUUAAUUAAAUGUUUUCCCACCCCCAUGAGUUCAUCUAAGGAAUUAUGCAAUAAUCCCCGAGUGUAUUUCGAGGCAGAAAUAUGGCUCAGCUCUUCGACGACGGCUUCUUUUCCGAGCAGGAGAAAUUAUUCUACAUGACGGGCUUCAGCAUGAGGUCGAAGUCAAGAAAUUUCCAAGCCUGGUUGAAGACUUUCGUAAGCAUGUUAGUCGUAUGCAUCACGCCGGUGCAGCUUUUAUUGGAAGCGGUUUUUUCCGAAGGGCUGAUAUACAGCACGGAAUCCCUCGUCACGGCAAUCAUUAUUUUCAACUCUGCUACGAAAAUCAUUUCUAUAUUUAUCAAGGAAGACCUAAUCAUUUCUACUUACCGCCUUGUUAACGAUCGAGUUGUUAAGGAAAAAUCAGUCAAAUGGAAGAACGCCAUUCUCACCGAAAGCCGUCAACAAGUUGAAAAGAUUCAGAAGUUUUUUCUUGUCAAUUUUGGCGUAUGCGUCUUCGCUGCUCUGUUAAACAGUGCUAUAACGAGAUAUUUCAAUCCAGAAGGCGGUCUGCCUCUGCGGCAAUGGUUUCCAUUCGACACCAGCACAAGCACAGGUUUCAUUGCAGGUUUUUGCUAUCAGAUAUUCACGACAUUGUACGGAGUUAUUAUUUUCACAUUCAACUAUAUGACAUUCUGUGGCUUGGUACUCCACACCAGUGCGUUGAUGAAGAUCCUUGAAAUCGAUCUUGUGAACCUUGUUAAAGAUUGCAAAGUCGAUGAUAUUCAGGUUGAUUUGAAAGAUAAAAUGAGAAAUAUCAUUGACAGCCAUAUGACCAUCAUGAGAUUGGUGAAAUCGAUAAACGAAGUAUUUGGAAAUAUAAAGAUCGGAGAGGGAGAGUGA